AUGAAUCGUCUCUUCGGCAACUCAAAAAAAACACCAAAACCCACUCUAGGUGAUGCCAUAACAGCGACUGACUCUCGGGUUGACGCAGUCGAGGUAAAGAUAAAGAAGCUCGACGCGGAAAUGUCCAGAUACAAGGAUCAGAUGAAAAAAAUGCGGGAUGGACCAGCAAAGAAUGCCGUCAAGAACAAGGCGUUACGUGUCUUGAAGCAAAAAAAGAUGUAUGAAACACAACGAGAUCAACUUCAACAACAAUCUUUUAAUAUGGAACAAGCUUCCUUCGCAACCGAGAAUUUACGCAAUGUGGCUACCACUGUGGACGCAAUGCAAAUAGCUAAUAAAGAAAUGCAAAAACAGUACAAGAAAAUUGACAUAAAUAAAAUUGAGAGCAUUCAAGAUGACAUGGAAGAUCUGUUGGAACAAGCCAAUCAAAUACAGGAUUCACUCGGACGGACCUAUGGUCUUCCUGAGGAUAUCGAUGAAGAAGAAUUAGAAGCAGAAUUGGACGCCUUGGGGGAUGAAUUGAGUCUUGAAGAAGAGGAACCAUCAUAUUUGCAAGAGGCAUCAAUGUCAGAUUUAUCGCUUGGAGAUUUAGAAAAUGCUGAGCUUGGAGAUGGAUUGUCAGAAACACCG